AUGAUAUCGAUUAUUUUAACAAUCACAUUUUUACUGUUCUCCUACAACGAAGUAAUGCCACGAGUUAGUUAUAUUAAAGCAAUGGAUGUGUAUCUUGGGGUAUGUUUCUGUAUAGUAUUCUGCUCACUGAUAAAACUGGCCAUUGUUAAAUAUAUGCGACAGCGAUUGAAGAUUACACGUGACACAUCGAUUGUCGCUGGAAUGAUGCCUGUUGUGCGUGUAGUGAACGGCAUCAGUGACCCUAAUACAGCUCUUUAUGCUGUUGAUCGUGCUAUUGUAAAAAAGUAA